AUAACACAGCGGUUCAUUCAAAUCGAAGUUUAGAAACUCAGAUCGAAUCAAUCGAUCAGGAAAAAAGGUUGAAACAUGAAUAAGUAUUGAUCAUUGUUGACUUUUGCCAAUUUAUUUCAAGCUGAGGAAUAACAUAAGUUGUUCCCAUGCUAAGAUGUCGAAAGCAUCCCUUUGGCAACACCCAUAUGUGAAUGUCUUCAAGCAUCUCAAUAUCGGAGAAUGGAGAAAGUCUACCAAGGAGGGGGAGGUCAUGUCCGUCAUGGACAAGAGCUUGAAGUGUACAGUGUAUAGAAUUACAGGCUCCAUCCCAGCAGGCAACUACAUCCAGCUACCAAGGACAUCAUCGCAAUCGCUGGGAUUAACAGGAAGGUUCCUGUAUCUCCUCUUCAAACCUAUAGCUGGCAAGUACUUUGUAACCCAUAUUGAUGUAACCACCCAUGAUGGGUUGGUGGUGCGCCUCUCCUUCUCCAACCUCUUCAAGGAGUUUAAAUCAACAUCCACCUGGCUCCAGUUCCCCUACAUCUGCCCUGCUGGCAAGGGCUCCGUCGAGAGGAUCACCUCCAAGUCGGUCCGCAAAGACCUUCAUGGCCCAGCCCCGUCAAGCUCCAAAUGGACACUCCUAGUUCUUGACCUUCAGUACAUCCUCUCCAUGUACCUCAACUGCAAGUACAAGUAUGUCAAGAGUGUACGUCUCUGCGCCAACAUGUAUGUCAAGAACGUAUUCACCAGCGACAUGCAGUACGAGCCUGACAUCUCGCUGCAGGAUGCACGCGACAUGGGUCUUCUGGUGCAGGGCAUUGCUCCAUUGCCGCGGGAGAUGAGCUUCAGGGUGGCCAAAGGCGAGAGGUGGGCCGACCACUAUGAUUACAUCAGGUUUCCCUCUGUUGGUUCCAAGGUUCCCUUCGACUCGGUACAGCUCAACAACUCGGGUCAUGUGACAAGGUCAACCAUACAGGUCCCCGGUCAUGUGAGCCCCCAGAGAGUAUCGCCAAAACAAGUCUCCGUCAGUCGAGAUGCAGAUUCACAGUCUUCAUUGUCACAUUCUACCAGUGCUGUCAAACAGAAGAAGAAAAGAUCCACCAAAGCAGUGAGCAUGUCCCUGCCCGAGGUUGGUGUGAGUGGUGAACUAUCAGUUCUCCAAGGCAGUCAAGGGGAGGUUCACGUGUUUGCUCAACCUGAAGAUGAUAUCACAGUCCACAGGCAUGAUGACAAGACUGGAAUGACUCUCUCGACCAGGAUAUCAAAGCCCUCUUCAAAGCAUUCCUCUAAAGCCUCUUCAAAGCCACAUAGAGAUGAGAUAUACAAUAGCCUUCAGCCCGACCCCAUCAUCUCAUUGAAGAAGAUCAUCGGCUUCGGAGGAGUGACCACUGAUGAGAUACUAUGGGAUCACCAUGGAAACCAUGUUGUUUACCCCUGUCACGCUGUCAUUGUCUCCAUGGGGGUCAGCGAUGGUCUACAGAGAUUCUUCAUUGGACAUACAGAUGAGGUGUCGUGCUUGGCAUUGAGCAGCAGUGGAACUCUCUUAGCGUCGGGCCAGACAGGACAGCAAGCUGUGGUGAGGGUAUGGCACUAUCAGUCCGGAGAGGGGCUAGCCAUGUUUAAAGCCCACACACACUCUAUCUUCACCCUCAGCUUUUCAGGUAACGGAACCAGUCUUUGUGGAGUUGGGAAAGACGGACAUGGCAAAAAUAUGGUUGUUGUGUGGAACACGUCCCGGGUUCAUCGUCGAGGUGACGUGCCUGUCAUCGCCAAGGCCCAUACCGAUGUAGAUAUCGUCCGCAUGAGAGUCUCACCGUAUGAUGAAACAAAAAUGAUAUCCUGUGGUAGAGACAAUGUAAGGGUUUGGCGAGUUAGGAAUGGCAGUCUUCGCUCUGCUCCUGUUAAUCUCGGACAGGUGACGGUCGCUGAGUUUACUGAUGUCUGCUUUGAAGCGCCCUCUACGCCGGGAAUGGAACCAGCAGACAAAGUCGCGUAUGCAAGUACAAGGUCUGGGCAUAUAUUUGAGGUAGACUAUGCAAGGGUUUGCGUCGCUCAUAUCAGACGGUUACUCCCUGUUGGCAAGCACGUCAAAGAAAAGGGAACAUUUCGAACAGGUGCGGGUAUAGCUAUCAAUGCUAUGUCGGUGAACAGUGCCUUCUGUGUGACAGGGUCAGAAGACGGUGUCCUGCGGAUCUGGCCCUUAGACUUCAAGAGUGUCUUCAUGGAAGCAGAACACGAGGGUCCAGUCACAGCCGUCUCUAUAUCCCCCGAUGGCCUUCGCAUCCUGGCCGGCACUGCCACCGGAAACUUUGGUGUCCUUGACGUCUCCUCUCGCAAGUACACUACGCUGAUGAGGUCCCACGUCUCCAGGAUCCUGGCAGUGGCUCUAGAUCCCCUGCGGAGGCAGAUGGCUACAGUCUCUGAUGACCAUACCAUUAGGAUCUGGGAUCUUGAUACACUGCAGCAGCUGUAUGACUUCCAUGCCCCUAAGGAUACUCCCUGUACCAUCGCCUACCACCCAUCCCUCUACUGCGUUGCCUGUGGGUUUGACAAUGGUCUGGUUCGCAUCUUCAGUAUCUCAUCAACCAGUCUCGUAGCAGAGCUAAGCGACCUCAAGGGAAAGGUCACCGGGUUGCUGUACUCUCCGGACGAUCGCCACCUCUACUCUGCCUCCUCACUUGGCAUGCUGGCCCUGUACGACGUAUCGGACGACAGCUACAGCACCAUAAGGAUUCUGGGUAAUAUGGUUGCCAAGGGUGAUGCGUACUGUCCCAGUGCUCUGUCCCUUAGUCCAGAUGGGAGGAGGCUAGCGUUCAUUGGACCGUCAGAAUUCACCGUCACUGUGGCCGAUGCUAGAACACUUGAUGAGGUGCUUAGAAUCGAUAUCUCGUCGAUAACAGCCGACAGAGAAACAUCCGGUCUUGACAUGGCCCGACGUGUUCACUUCCCUCCGGCCAAGACCAAGCAGCUCCUUGUUGCUACAUCAGAAAAUAACCUGCUGAGGCUGGAUGCCAACAAUGGAAGGCUGAUUAAUAAGGUUUCCAGUAUCCAUCGGUCUGGCUUAACUGGUUUAGAUGUGUGUGAAGACUGCAGACACAUGGCUACAGCAGGUGACAAGGUUAUCAAGGUGUGGGACUACCACAUGAGGUUGGAUCUUAAUUUCCAGGUUUUCAUUGGUCAUUCGGAUGUGAUUAGACAGGUCCUGUUCACACCGGAUGGAAUGAACGUUGUCUCUGUGGGGGAUGCUAUCUUCAUCUGGGAUUUUUAUGGUAGCAGCCAAGUACCAUCGACACUCAGUGAAACAGUUACUGGUGCUCUGAAAGCAUCAAGGGGCACAACACCUAAGCGACCCAAGACCCUGGAUCUGAAUGGUAGUCUGUUACCACGGCACCAAGCCCCCAAGCCAGCCACGCCCACCCAGCUGACAGACAUUAGUAGCAUCCGAGAAAGAGAUGGUGGUAGAUAUGAAUCAGGAGAAGAGGUUCUCAUAGGACCAGAUCUAGAGAGUAGGAGUGACAUGUCUUCUGAUGAGGAAGUCACGCUGAUACCAGAGACCCUAGGGUCCAGUCAGAGGACCAGGACCCAUCGAAGACCAAGUCCUGGACCAUCUCAUGCGGAGGGUCCAGAGGGUGUGUUCUCCAUGGAAACCAUGAAAUCGGAGAUGACGACCAUCAGCAAAGAGACGACGUCCCAUGAUAGCCCAAGAUGCUACAGCCAUUUUGUGGCCAAGCCAAACAAGUCCCAGCUUGCCCAGCGUCGUUACAUCGCCCCUAGCAACCAAGCCGGCCUGGAGCUGAAGAGGGUCCUUGGGUACAAUGGGAACGGCCGAGGGAAUGUCAUCUGGCACCCAGACUCUGGUCUCUUCGCCUACACAUGCGGGUCUAUCAUCGUACUGGAAGACCUGGAUAAUAGCUCACAGACCCAUCUCCUUGGUCAUAUGGAAGAGAUAGCUGUGUUAGCUUUACAGAACGAUGCUCAGAUCCUUGCAUCGGCCUCAGGAGCCAACGGCUUGACGUCAAGUCAGAUCUGUCUGUGGGACCUACAGGGCGCCCUCUGUCGGAAGACGCUGUCAUAUCAUGAGCAUGGCAUUGUGGGAUUGGCGUAUUCACGUGACGACAGGUUUCUGGUAUCCGUUGGUGACUACCGUGACUGCAGCAUCGUAGUGUGGAGCACCCAGGACUACAGCAUACUAGCAGCCUCAAAGACAGCCCUUCCAGUCCACUCCCUUCUCUGGGAUCCAUACACAUCAAAUGAGUUCACCUCGGUGGGUGAGAAGGGAACGAUACUCUUCUGGCUGCUGGAUGAGAGUCAGGGGCGUGUCAAUCUUAACGUCCACGAGGCGCAGGUCCCGCAGGAGCUCAUGGACCAUAGGAACGUGAUUCUUGAUGAUGUGGCCUUCACAAGUGCAGCGUAUGGUGGAGAUAAUAUCCUCUAUGUGGGAAGCACUACAGGUGUCCUCUCAGCCUGGGACACCAAGCACAAUUCAUGCUUCAUGCAUUGGGACGCAGACACUGCUGAAAUAGGAGUGAUCGUCACUAAGUUUGGAAGCGUUCGUCUGAUCACCGGAGGGGCGUCUCGUUUGCUGCGUCUCUGGUCGGUUCACGGGAUGGGAGAACUCAGAUUGACAGCUGGCUACACAAACAGUGGCGUCGGUCAGGGUCUUGUGAUGGAGGAUGAGAUGGCACUAGAUGGCGCUAUAACCUCGGCUCGGUUUGAUCACACCAUGGACGUAGGUGUGGUAUCGACCUCUGAAGGUACCCUGUGGUACAUCAAUUGGAUUGAGAGGACUUCUAUCAGAUUGGUCUCGUCGCACACUGCUAAGGUGACCGAUAUUGCCUUUAGUGAGAAUGAUCUGUUUGCAACCUGUUGCCAUGACGGCAGUCUAAACAUCUACUCUCUGGCAGAUAUGGAACGCAGUAUACAGUUUCAGGUCCUAGACCAGAGUUGUAAUUGCAUAGCAUUCAGCCCUCGGCGGUUUGAUCUCCCCAGCCAGACCCCGUCCUCCUCCGCCUCCACGGUAGUAGCUGGUUACCGUGACGGCACUGUCCGUCUCUUUGACCUGGUCAGCUGUGAGAUGACCAUUAAGAUGCAGCCCCAUGCCCACUCGGUCACUGCUAUAGCAUUUUCUGUGGAUGGUCAUGUGAUUCUAUCAGGUUCUCACAAUGGAUUGAUAGUGAUUAGCAAUCCGACGACUGGAAUGACCAUGAGAGUCAUACAGGAUCACAAAGGAGCACCCAUUACUGAUAUACAAGUUCAUCAAGAACUGGAUACAAGCGAUCCAAGUUACCAUGCCCUUCACAAGUGGCUGGCCGUCAGCGGUGACCGGAGGGUCAGCGUAUGGAGGGCCAGUUGGGCCAAGGAUUUCUGUGAGAUGGUGGACUGGCUGACCUACCCCGCUCCAGCCUUCACACCUGAUGGUGCUCCCAUAGAAAAGAGUGAUCCGAACCGUUAUGACUUGCUGCCACCCAGCCUGGCGAGAUUCUCUGCUUCAGACCCUAAUGUUAUCGUGUAUGUUGGAUACGGAAUGCAGAAGCAAGUCCUCUUCUACAACCUGGCACAGAAGAAGGUGUUGCGGUCAGCAGCAUUGACCCACUGGAGUACAUCGUUUGACCUGAAUCCAAGAGGUCAUCUCAUUGCCAUAGCUACACAAGAACGUCUAGUGAAAGCAAUGGACUACCACGAGUGUAGUUUCCAGGACUUUGUGGCCCACGGUGAUGCCGUGGACCUAGUGAGAUUCUCAAUGGAUGGGGAACAACUGUUCUCUGUCUCUGGUACUGAGAUACUUCUCUGGGAUGUAGCAGUUUGAGGGUCAGUGAAAGCCAUCAAGAUUCUUGUAGCCCUCAGUGAUAGCACAGGUCUGGAACAGUUCUCCAGGGACUGGAAACAAUUAUUCUCUGUCUUUGGUGCCGACAUGCCUCUCUGGGAUGUAGCUGCUUAAGGGUCAGGGAAAACCCUUAUGACUCUUGUAGCCAUCAGUGAUAUCAUGGGUCUGGAACAGUUCUCCAGGGACUGGAAACAAUUAUUCUCUGUCUUUGGUGCCGACAUACUUCUCUGGGAUGUAGCUGCUUGAGGGUCAGUGAAGACCCUUAUGACUCUUGUAACCUACAAUCAUACCAUGGGUCUGGUCGAGUUUUCCAGGGAUAGGAAACAACGAUUCUCUGUCUCUGGUAAGAAGAUACUCCUUUUGGAUGUAGCUGUUGAGGAUCAAUGAAAACCCUCAAGACUCUUGUAGCCAUCAGUGAUACCAUGGAUGUGGUACAGUUCUCCAGGAAUGGGGAAGAACUAUUCUCUGUCUCUGGUAAGAAGAUACUCCUUUUGGAUGUAGCUGUUGAGGAUCAAUGAAAACCCUCAAGACUCUUGUAGCCAUCAGUGAUACCAUGGAUGUGGUACAGUUCUCCAGGAAUGGGGAAGAACUAUACUCUGUCUCUGGUAAGAAGAUACUCCUUUUGGAUGUAGCUGUUGAGGAUCAAUGAAAACCCUCAAGACUCUUGUAGCCAUCAGUGAUAUAAUGGAUGUGGUACAGUUCUCCAGGAAAGGGGAAGAACUAUUCUCUGCCUCUGGUAAGAAGAUACUCCUUUUGGAUGUAGCUGUUGAGGACCAGUGAAAACCCUCAAGACUCUUGUAGCCAUCAGUGAUACCAUGGAUGUGGUACAGUUCUCCAGGAAUGGGGAAGAACUAUACUCUGCCUCUGGUAAGAAGAUACUCCUUUUGGAUGUAGCUGUUGAGGACCAGUGAAAACCCUCAAGACUCGUGUAGCCAUCAGUGAUACCAUGGAUGUCGUAAAGUUUUCCAGGGAUAGAGAAUAACUAUCCUCUGUCUCUGGUAAGAAGAUACUCCUUUUGGACGUAGCUGUUGAGGAUCAGUGAAAACCUAGAUUCUUUUAACCAUCAGUGAUACCAUGGAUGUGGUACAGUUCUCCAGGAAUGGAGAAUAACUAUCCUCUGUCUCUGGUAAGAAGAUACUCCUCUUGGACUUAGCUGUUUAGGAUCAGUGAAAACCCUCUAGAUUCUUUUAGCCAUCAGUGAUACCAUGGAUGUUGUACAGUUCUCCAGGAAUGGAGAAUAACUAUCCUCUGUCUCUGGUGAGAAGAUACUCCUCUUGGACGUAGCUGUUGAGGACCAGUGAAAACCCUCUAGAUUCUUUUAGCCAUUAGUGACACCAUGGAUGUGGUCGAGUUCUCCAGGAAAUGGGGAAUAACUAUCGCCUGUCUCUGGUAAGAAGAUACUCCUCUUGGAUGUAGCUGUUGAGGACCAGUGAAAACCUCAAGACUCUUGUAGCCAUUAGUGAUACCAUGGAUGUGGUACAGUUCACCAGGAAAUUGGGAAUAACUAUCCUCUGUCUCUGGUAAGAAGAUACUCUUGGACGUAGCUGUUGAGGACCAGUGAGAACCCUCAAGAUUCUUGGAGCCGUCAGUGAUACCAUGGAUGUGGUACAGUUCUCCAGGAAUGGGGAUGAACUAUUCUCUGCCUCUGGUACCAGGAUAUUCCUCUUGGAUGUAGCUGUUUGAAAGAUGGUGAAAGCCCUCAAGAUGCCUUGGACCUGGUCUCAUCAUUUUUCAUAUUUUAUUCAAAUGUUUCAGAAUUGAAACGAAAAAAGAAAAUGAGUGGAUGUGAGAUUUUCAAAGAUUAACAUUAAUUGCAAACAUAUAUAAUUAAGAAAAUCCAUCCAUAAGCAAAACACUGUUUGUUUCUCACCAUUUAUCUCACAAGUGAUUUAUAGCUACUUGGUCAAACACAUUUUUAUGGGUGUACCCAUUUGAUUAAUAUUUUAUAUUGGUUUCAGUCAUCACCUGUUUUUAGACCAUUUUAGAUUGGCUUUUAUUCUGUCUAGUAAUCAAAUGGACCAAUUGCCUCUUUGACGGGCGAUUUUUUUUUCCCAUUCCAUCAAAUAUGCCUUUGAUCCAUUAUCUAUUCAUCUUAUCAGAUAAACUGAGAUGUUGGACUGGCUGGGCUCUGUCUUACAACAAGUUAAAGUAGAUUCAAAUGAAUCUCAAAUUGAAAUCAAUCUCAUAUUGUGAGUGAUUGGAAUUUAUGUAGUUAAGAGAUAGUCAUUUGAAAUUGAUUUGAAUUUAAACUCAAUGUAAUAUGGGGGGCCUAUGAUAUGAUGAUAAAUGUUCGGAUAUUGGAUGAAAUGAUUACUUGGAUAAGUGAUGUUUACACCAGAAGUUCAUCAGUCAAAUUGGUUUUAGACAAAAUGGGGUUAGACUGUGUGGGAUGACAAAAUCAUGAAGCUGAAUGGGCAUUGGAUAAAAUGGGAUAAGACCAAGUUGCAAUGAAAGAUGUGCAGAUAUUAAUUUAUGUGCCUGGUGAUACUGUAAACUUUGAUGAUUUUGUGUCCAUAAUUUGCACAUAUCUCUUCGGAGACUAUUAUGUAAGUCAGUAAAAGGGAGAGUGACCAGUCGGAAGUGAUAAUGGCCUGACAAAUGGAAGUCCAGUGUUGAUCCAUCUUACUUGACCUCCUUGCCAUGCAUAGCAAUCGUCAAGUUGUAAUCUGUAUCUCUAAUAUCGCCUACAUUGUUGCACUGGUUUGGUAAUUAAUUGUUUUGUGCAUUAGUGUCCAGGUGGGUGUUUCAUAAAACUGUUUGUAAAGUUACGAACGACUUUACGCACGACUGGAACCUGUUCUUAGGUCAUAAAUCAAUUAUAUAGGGAUAAUUAUCACAUAGCACAAGAAAGGAUCACCAGUCGUGCGUAAAGUCAUUCGUAACUUUAUUAACAGCUUUAUGAAACACCCACCGGGCCCCGCUUCUUGACAUCAUCGUAAGUCUCACUUACAUCAUUUGAGAUCGUGAGCUACAUGUACUUGUCAUUGGUUUCUUGAAAUGGGUUUAGGAUAUUAGGGACAACUCCAUAGUUGGUGGAUAUUUUUUUGUUUGGUGACUUUCUUGUUGUUUUUCUGUUCCUUGAUACAGGUCCCAGUACUAUCCAAGAAUACUAUUUUGAGAAGGCAAUAUUUAGCCAACUGUGUUCAUACUGUAUAAGUUAGCAUGCUUAUCGUUGUGUGAACUCUACAUUAAGUCUAUCAAACUUUGUAUUUUCUGGCAGUGAUACCUACCUAUUCCACUCAUUUAUGAGAGGUCUUUUUGUUGUGGAAAGUAUGUAAACAUGCAUUCAAUUAUGGCAUGAUUUUUUGUGUAUUUGUCCGCAUUUAUGAUAUGCUCUCUAACCAAUGUGGUGGACUGAAUUCAUAUCUUAUACAAAGAAAUCUGGGUUUAUACAAAAGCUGUCUACCCCCCCCCCCCCCUGGCAUAUUCACGUUCUAGGUUUGUAGAAUGGCAGAAAGAUAAAAAGUAUAAUUUGUCGAUUUCAUAAAUUGUAUUUAUAAUGUAAAGUGCAUUUGUAUUUAUAUAUAUUGUAUCAUUAUGUAAAUAAUGUACAUUUGUGUAUAGGAGAAUUGCUGUUUUCAUGAUUCAUAAUAUAUUUUUUAUCUUGCUUGUGAAA